AUGUUUUAGUGCCUUUAUUUCAGUGUUUGUAAGGUACGGACAUCAACUAUUUAAAUUUUGAAUCAUAUUUAACAUAAAACUAAGAUGUGACAUUGAACAGGUAUAAUGUUUCAAUAGUACCAUUCGAGUGCACCUUUAAAAAGUAAACAAACACGAUGAUGAUAUAGUUAUUCGAGUGUCCGUCAUUAAAAACAAAACUUGCGAUAUAAUAUAUUUGUGUCCAAUACUUUUGAAGAAACCAAACAUAUUUUAAUGCAGGUUGAUGAAUGCAAUACACCUGAUUCCUUAAAUUCAAAAAAGCGAAGACGUAGAAACUCAUCCAGACCAUUCCCCCAAAAUACACAGAUUGCCAAAAAAACAAAUCUUACCAGAAGUACUAAACUUGAUAGCUCUACUGAUAGCAUGGCAGCGACCAACCAACAACUAAUUGUUAGCAUUAGUGACAGUGAUAUCGCAAAAAUAGCUAUAGCAGUUAAGCAAAUUUUGACUGAUGAGUUCAAAGCCCUUAUUGAAGAAAAACAGAGGCCUAUUCUCUUUGAACUAGCCGAAAUAAAACAAAAGCAAACUGGAUUAGAAUUCUCCUAUGGAGAAGAUGUCAAAAACUUUAAAAACCAGAUAGACUAUCUAAAAAUUAGAUGUGAUGAGCUAGAACAGCAUAGCCGGAAGCAAUAUGUAAGGCUUAGCGGAGUGCCGUAUACUAUAGGCGAAAAUACCGAUACAAAAAUUAUAGAAAUCGCCAAUGAAUUAGGUGUUAUUAUGCAGCCAAAUGACAUAAUGAUUAGUCAUCGUACAGGGAAAGCUAAACCUAGACAGAUUAUUGCUCGAAUACCAAACCAUAAUCUAAAAAAGAAACUGCUGAAGGCAUCCAAACAACUAAAAAACAGACCUGAUCUACAAGGUAAUUCAAUUAAUCAAGACCUCACCGUAGCCAGAAGUGGUCUAGCUUACGAAGCAUUGCAGUUAGUGAGAAGGAAGAAAAUCAAGUCAACUUUUGUGGUAGGUGGAAAAAUAUAUGUAUAUGACUUAUCAGAAACUAGACAUGUUAUCCGGAAUGAAAUUGAAUUCUCCAAGAUGUUGAGUGUAUGCCAUAUCGACACAGACAUCUCUGAUGAUGAAUCUACACCUGAAAAACAACCUGUAACUGAUGAAGUAGUGAUGGAAAGUGGGAGCUAAAUCUAUCUCGACGGUUUUGUUUCAAGCAAACCGCUGACUACAAAAAAAUAAGAUAUUACUUGUCACAAAUCUCAGUCUGAAAUAGUAAUUUAAAAUUGUUCUGAGUAAAAGAAUAUUAUUUUUUAAUUUUGAAAUACCUGUAACUGUAAUAUAGGGUCUGUUUGAAUGUCUUUACUUGAUUUAUUGUCAAGAACUCGUUCUCUUUCUACAUUUUAUUAUCUCAAUUUCAACAUGUUAAUAAAAGUUGUCUCCUUAGACAACAGAUACUAUAAGACAGCAUUCUGAAAGUAUUAUGUACUGCUAAAACGUUUGAAAAGAUAUUUGUAUAAAGUUAAUACAAAUAUCAUGCUACUUUCGUAUGAAAAAAAAAACAGAUUAAGCCAACAGAUUUUUUCUGUAUUCCUUGACAUUGUUAUUUUAAUUUGAAGCAUAUCAAUAACAUAAAGUAUAUUUUCUUUUUCUUU